CAGUUGGAAACAGAGGAAACAGAACUUGCCGUCUUGUGGGAAGAAGUGGCGCAGCGGCGGGAGCUGUGCCAUAAAGGAAGCACCCAGUCGGGGCCUUUGGCAGCAAAAGACUGAACUCAUCUGGGACCCUCGGCAGCGGGCGGUAAGAGGAGGAGGCCAUGUGGACCGCACGCCUGCUAGUUCUCGCCAGCCUCUUCGCACCAGCCGCACUGGCCUUCAGUCGAGCGCCCAUCCCCAUGGCGGUGGUGAGGAGGGAGCUGUCGUGCGAGAGCUACCCCAUCGAGCUGCGCUGCCCGGGCACCGACGUCAUCAUGAUCGAGAGCGCCAACUACGGCCGCACCGACGACAAGAUCUGCGACGCCGACCCGGCGCAGAUGGAGAACACGCGGUGUUACCUUCCAGAUGCGUACAAGAUCAUGUCUCAGAGGUGUAACAACAGGACCCAGUGUGCUGUAGUGGCCGGACCAGACGUGUUUCCUGACCCGUGCCCGGGAACCUACAAGUACCUGGAGGUCCAAUACGAAUGCGUUCCCUACAAAGUGGAGCAAAAAGGCUCCUCAGUAUUCCUGUGCCCAGGGCUUCUACGCAGGGUGUACCAGAGCGAGCACCUCUUCGAGUCGGACCACCAGUCGGGAGCCUGGUGCAAGGAUCCCCUGCAGGCCUCGGAUAAGAUCUACUACAUGCCUUGGACACCUUACCGGACAGACACCCUGACCGAGUACUCCUCCAAAGAAGACUUUGUCGCUGGCAGGCCGACGACCACCUACAAGCUGCCGCAUCGCGUCGACGGAACCGGCUUCGUGGUCUACGACGGGGCGCUCUUCUUCAACAAGGAGCGAACGCGCAACAUCGUCAAGUUUGACCUGAGAACUCGCAUCAAGAGCGGCGAGGCUAUCAUCGCCAACGCCAACUACCACGACACGUCUCCUUACCGCUGGGGGGGCAAGUCAGAUAUCGACCUGGCCGUCGACGAAAACGGCCUCUGGGUCAUCUACGCCACCGAGCAAAACAACGGGCGGAUUGUCAUCAGUCAGCUCAAUCCCUACACGCUCCGAGUCGAAGGGACCUGGGACACGGCCUACGACAAGCGCUCGGCGUCAAACGCCUUCAUGAUUUGUGGAAUCCUCUAUGUAGUCAAGUCCGUGUAUGAGGACGAUGACAACGAAGCAACAGGAAACAAAAUUGACUACAUCUACAACACAGAACUCAGUAAAGACGGAUUUCUGGAUAUCCCAUUCCCCAACUCGUAUCAGUACAUCGCUGCCGUGGAUUAUAAUCCCAGGGACAAUCUGCUGUACGUUUGGAACAAUUACCACGUUGUCAAGUACUCCCUGGAUUUUGGAGCCCUGGAUAACAGACUCGAAACCUCCUCGUCUUUAUACAUGGACACUACAACCACGGCAGCAAGGACCACCACCCGGCUGACCACCUCCACGAUGACGACGACGACCGCCAGGACGACCAGCACCAAGAUGCCCUCCACGACGACGGCGGCGGCUCAGUGGCCCCGGGCGACCACGACGGCGGCGGCCUCCGUCCACACGCUGGUGGAAGGUUUCGAGCCGGACGACGACAGAGCGCCGCCCUCUCCCAAGCUCCCCAACGUCAGGGUGGAGUACUGCAACCCGCUGGUGAUGAUGGACAUCACCUGGCCCAAGACGAAGCAGGGCGCCGUCGCCAAGAUGCCGUGUCCACCCGGAACCAUAGGUGUGGCUUCUUACAUGUGCAUGGGCCCAGAGGGAUACUGGGACUCCCAGGGACCCGACUUCAGCAACUGCACCUCCCCUUGGGUCAACCUCAUCAGCCAAAAGCUGAAAGCGGGGGAGACGGCGGCGGUCAUCGCCCGGGAGCUGGCGGAGCAAACCAAGAGCAACCUCCAGGCGGGGGACAUCACGUACACGGUGAAGGCCAUGGUUCAGCUGGUGGAUCUGCUCGACGUGCAGCUGAGGAAUCUCACUCCGGGCGGAAAGGAUAGCGCGGCGCGGAGUCUCAACAAGCUGCAGAAGAGAGAACGCUCGUGUCGAUUUUAUGUUCAGGCCAUGGUGGAGACGGUCAACAACCUGCUGCAGCCGCAGGCCCAGGCGGCCUGGAGGGAGCUGAGCACGGCCGAGCAGCUGCGGGCGGCCACCAUGCUGCUGGACACGGUGGAGCAGGGCGCCUUCGUCCUGGCCGACAACCUGCUGAAGACCGACAUCGUGCAGGAGAACACGGAGAACAUCCAGCUGGAAGUAGCGAGGAUGAGCACGGACGGGAACUUGCCGGACCUGAAGUUCCCUCAGACCGGAGGACACGGCAACUCCAUCCACCUCUCAGCCAACACGCUGAAGCAGCACGGCCGCAACGGUGAAAUCCGAAUCGCGUUCGUCCUGUACAAACACAUCGGCGUCUACCUUUCGACGGAGAACGCCAGCAUGAAGCUGGGCAGUGAAGCCAUGUCGACCAACUACUCGGUCAUCGUCAACUCGCCGGUGAUCACCGCUGCCAUCAACAAGGACGCCAACAAGGUGUACCUCUCUGACCCGGUCAUUUUCACCAUCAAACACCUCCAGCAAUCUGAGGAGAACUUUAACCCCAACUGCUCAUUCUGGAGUUACUCCAAGCGAACCAUGACCGGGUACUGGUCCACGCAGGACUGCCGCCUGCUCGGCACCAACCGCACGCACACCACGUGCUCCUGCACGCACCUCACCAAUUUCGCCGUCCUCAUGGCUCACGUGGACGUCAAGAACACCGACCCGGUUCACGACAUGCUCCUGGACGUCAUCACCUGGGUGGGCAUCCUCCUGUCGCUGGUCUGCCUGCUCAUCAGCCUCUUCACCUUCUGCUUCUUCCGCGGGCUCCAGAGCGACCGCAACACCAUCCACAAGAACCUGUGCAUCAGCCUGUUCAUCGCCGAGUCGCUGUUUCUGGUGGGGAUCAACCGGGGCGACCAGCCGAUCGCCUGUGCGGUCUUCGCCGCCCUGCUCCACUUCUUCUUCCUGGCGGCGUUCACGUGGAUGUUCCUGGAGGGCGUGCAGCUCUACAUCAUGCUGGUGGAGGUGUUCGAGAGCGAGCACUCGCGCCGCCGCUACUUCUACCUGGUGGGCUACGGCGUCCCGGCGCUGAUCGUGGCCGUCUCGGCCGCCGUGGACUACCGCAGCUACGGCACGGAUCGUGUUUGCUGGCUUCGCCUGGACACCUACUUCAUUUGGAGUUUCAUAGGACCAGCCACCUUGAUAAUUAUGCUCAAUGUGAUCUUCCUGGGCAUCGCUCUCUACAAGAUGUUCCAUCACACAGCCAUCUUGAAACCAGACUCGGGUUGCCUGGACAACAUCAAAUCAUGGGUGAUUGGCGCCAUCGCCCUGCUGUGCCUGCUGGGGCUGACCUGGGCCUUCGGCCUGAUGUACGUUAAUGAGAGCACGGUGGUCAUGGCCUACCUCUUCACCAUCUUCAACUCCCUGCAGGGGAUGUUCAUCUUUAUCUUCCACUGUGUGCUGCAGAAGAAGGUGCGUAAGGAGUACGGGAAGUGUCUGCGGACUCACUGCUGCAGUGGGAAGAGUGUGGACAGCUCCAUCGGCUCGGUGAAAGGCACCGCCUCCCGCGCUCCGGGACGAUACUCCACGGGGUCACAGAGCCGCAUACGGAGGAUGUGGAACGACACGGUCAGGAAGCAGUCCGAGUCGUCUUUCAUGACCGGCGACAUCAACAGCUCGGCGUCACUCAACAGAGGGGCUAUGGCUAACCAUCUUAUACCUAAUGCACUCCUACGUCCUCAUGGCACUAACAAUCCCUAUAAUACAUUGCUUGGGGAAUCGGCAGUCUAUAACAACCCUCUGGGCAUGUACAACACACAAGAGCCCUACAGAGAGACAAAGGGAAUCCUGAACAAUGCCCGGGAUACAAGUGUCAUGGAUACUCUACCACUGAAUGGUAACCAUGGCAACAGCUACAGCAUCGCCAGCGCCGAGUACAUGAGUGAUUGCGUCCAGAUCAUCGAUCGGGGCUACAACCACAAGGAGACCACCUUGGAAAAGAAGAUCCUGAAAGAGCUCACCUCUAAUUAUAUCCCCUCCUACCUCAACAAUUCCCACGAGCGCUCCACAGAGCAGAACCGGAACCUCAUGAACAAGCUGGUCAACAACGUCAGCAAUGGCGGCAAGGACAGCGGCUACGGGAUGGGCCUGGGCGUGGGGAUGGGCAUGAAUGUCGCGCUGGGCCUGGACGACCACUCCACCUUCGGUCCGCACCACGACGAAGGCCUGGGCCUGGAGUUGAUACGCGAGGAGUCGAACGCCCCGCUGCUGCCGCAGAGGCCGCCCCCGUCCCUGCCGGCGGUGGACAACCUCCACAAUCACCUCCACCAGUCGGCGGCGCCGCCGCCCCUCCCGCUGCCACACCACCCCUUCUCCUCGGCCGGCGCGUCCUCCUCGUCCAGGAGGAGGAUCCCGCAGGAGAACAGCGAGAGCUUCUUCCCCCUGCUCACCAACGAGCACACCGAGGACGAGGGCUCGUCGCCGACCCACGCCCACCAGAGGGACUCGCUCUACACCAGCAUGCCCAUGUUACCCGGCCUGCCCGACGUGUCCGCCGAGUCCGCCGACGGCUCCAAGGAGGGCGGCGGCGGCGGCGGCGGCGGCGGCGGCGGCGGCGACGCCAAGAGCCCGGAGGCCAGCUCAGACGAUGUUUACUACAAGAGCAUGCCCAACCUGGGCUCCCGCAACCACCUCCAUCAGCUGCACUCCUACUACCAGCUGGGGCGGGGGAGCAGCGACGGCUUCAUCGUGCCGCCGAACAGAGAGGAUGUUUCUCCCGAGGAAGCCCAGCAGGAGCCGUCGCACCUGGUCACCAGUCUAUAGGCCCAAACCCCCCCCCCCCCUCCCUCGCUUCCCACGAGAUCCCCUCCCACCCAGAAAUCCUCCCUUCUCCCCCGUGUCUCCUCGUCCCUUCGGUCGUUGGCAGUCGGUAGCCUUUCUUCUUUUUCUGUGUCCCGAAGACUGAGGCGAAGCAAAAAAAAAAAAAAAAAAGACCAAAAAAAAAAAAAACACAAAACAAAACAAACUGGACUCUUGCUGUUACUGGACACAAACAGGAUAGCAGUCGCUGCGAACGGGGGGGCCCAGUGUGUGACUAGAUUUCUUUAGACAUUGCAGGAUGUUGAUGUUGUGUCGCUGCCCGCCCCCCCAACUCCCCUCCCCGGCCCCCACAAACCCUGUGCGGUUUGGUGUGUUUUGUCUCGUCGUGAAAAGAGACAAUUACUCCACACAAGGAUUUUUAGGUCUCACAGAUAUAGUCUGACAGUCGAGAGGAGGAGAACUGCGUCGCCCCCGAGUCUGAACCGUAGACUUCACCAGAAUAAACGGCGAAUUUAAGGGAGAGAAGAAAAAAAAAGGACUAUUUUAUUAUACUUCUGUAUCUAUAUUGACUUUUUGAAAGAUUUUCUUCCUCUUUGGUGAGUUGCAGCACAUUUUGUUUGCUGAAGUGUCCCUACGAAGAAAAAAAAAGACAAAAAAAAACACACACACACACACACACACACAUACACGUUUUGAAAAAUUACCAUGAAGGAAUUAUUGAUCGUAUGCUUUCAAGCAUAGAUGUUCUUUUUUUUUUUUCCUUUCAUUUUACUGUAAUAACAGUUGUUAAAAGAGGGAGAAAAAAAACUAAUAAGAGAAUUAUGAGAUAUUUCUAUGUAACUGUACAGACAACUAGCAUUGCACAUAAUAGUAUGCUUUUUUUGUUCUGAGCAAAAACCUUUUGUCUCUGUAAAUGUAGUGAUUAGGAGCAGUUUUGUUCUGUUGUGCUGGCCUUUCUGAGUUCCUGGUAUCACUCUGUGUUUGUUUUUGUGUUGUUUUUUUUUGUUUUGUUUUUGUUUUAUAUUUUUCCUCUCAUUCAUCACUUUGCAAGAAACGACCAUUCGAACAGGAACAAAAUCUCACAAGAAAUACAUAUACAGGCAACAUCAAGACGUUUAAUCUCUUUUGUCUUCAGAUUUUCUGUUUGCGAUUCUUUUUCUUUUCUUUCUUUUUUUUUUUUUUUUUUUUUUUUUUACAGUCGAUAGCAGAGCUCACAGAUCGUCAAGGAGACGGAGUCGGUCCACUUUAAUCGCAAGGCGUCCCUCAGAAAGGUUUGCAGUGCAUUCUGCAUUUAUAUUGGCAUCCAGAAAACGCUUGUGCUUCUCCGAAAGAGAACGAAACGAACCUUGACGAGCACUAGGCACUUGUACAAAAAAAAAAGAGAGAGAGAGAGAAGUGAAGAAAGAUGGCUGUUUUACUUAUUAAAGAAAGAACAUUUGGAGUGAGAAAAACUGGAAGUGUUUUUCUUUUUCCCGCUUCAAGGAGAACUUCUAUUUAUUUAUUUGUUUGUUAAAUAAGCAGUAAUAAAACGGAGGAUGGAAGUAUGUUUAGUGGCACAAAUAAGUUUUUAUUAUUGGCUAUGACUUUUUUUUUUUUAUUUAUUCCUUUUUUUGUAUUGGUUUCUAGGUUUAAUGAUUAAUAUCUGGUGAAAUGUGUUUGCCAACAAAUGAAUUACCAAUUCAGACUGAUCACAGAUAUGACAACAGUUCUGGUGUUCUGACUGGGUCUUCAAACACUUUUGUAUGGAUAAGGAAUAAGGACCUAUAAAUAAUGGAACCAUCGAGCAUUUUCAUUUAUUUUAUUUUUUUUAACCAUCAGUUGGUAUCUCUCGUCAGCCCUCUUGUCCAUUUUAGUGCCAAACUGACUUUUGGCCCAGCAACAGUGGAUGUGCUCUGUAUGCUCUGGUCUGCUUUACAAUAGAAGCAGUGAUUUCAUAAGCUGUAAUAAAUAUUUCAAUAUCA